AUGAUACAGUCUUACAAGGAUAAUGAGACAGCACUUGAGAUGAAACUAAAGGAAUUUACUUAUGGAGGUAAGACUAUGCUUGAUCUAUAUCGACCAACUGAAGACUUGAACUAAACAGCUAUUAGGCAGAACUAUGAGAUGUUCAGAGAUAUGAAUCGAAGUAAUCAGAGGUUCAAAGUGAACGAGGAUUAGAAAAACAUGUCUUUUAAAUCUAAAAGUGAAAAUAAAAGAGUUAAAUUCUAAGACUACAAAAAGGCUGGAUCCUCCUCCUACAAUGGCAAUUUUCUAGACUUACACGGAUCUAUGCUCGAUGCAUCUGCUAAUUUUGACUUAAUGAAUAGAACAAUGAAUUCUUCAAUGUAAAAGAAGAAUUCUAGUCCAUUGAGAUAAAUGAGUAACAAUAAUAUCUCCACAUCAUAAAAGUCUAAUCAGCCAGUCGAAACCUUUACUUAUAAUGGCCUUGUUGAGAGACCAGACUUGUUUGAAAAAUGGUUAUAAACUGCUGAAGGACAAGACUUUAUAGUCAAAAAUAAACUUUUCCAUCUGAAAAAAGAAAAGAAAAAGCAAUAUGUGGUUGUUAAAAAAAAUCAAGUAAAUUAGCCAAUAGUUGUUAAAGACAAAUAAAAUUAAAGGAAAAAGCUUAAUCAGACUCACACAAUGGGAAUAAACUUUAGCAAUGGAAAAGCGGGAGAUGAACAGCAAUUACUUGAAAAUUUCAAUAUGUUGUUAAAUUCUAAGUCGAACAUUAAGCAUGCCAAAGAAUUCCUUAACUAAAGAUUAAUGAUUGGUGAUAAAUACUCGAGAACUCUUCGCAAGCAUCUCAAUGUAGUGAGUGAUUCCAAUGCUCUACAAGCUACUCUGCUUCAGAAUUAAAAUAGAAAGCUUACAACUGACUAGAUUGAGAACACUUUCAUUCCAUCUUACAUGAUACCAGAGCAUUACAAGAGUUUACUCAGAAGAGAUGAGCAGUAAAAGAGGGAAUCUUAAAUUAUGGAUCAAUCAAAAAUUUCUUUGAAAGAUAACUUUUUAUCAAGGUAGAGUACAGCAAAUAAUAGAGCAAAGACCACUAUGAAGUAGCCUACCUCCUCAAUGAUUAAGAUUGAUACUUUAUUAAAUGACUAGAGCACUGGCAGAGCUCCAUUUAACUUAAGCCAUUAGAAUUCACUAGAAAAAAUAAAUAAUGAGGAUAUUCAAGAGACUAUAAGUAUGGUUUAAAAGGAGAGGAAGAGAACAAGUAAGAAGUUUGAAUUUUUUAGAAAGAGCUCCUAAAUCAGAGAUUAAAAUAAUCCAAGUACCAUGAGCUCAAAAGAGGAAAAAGACUUUAAUUUAGCAACCAAAGAGAAUCAAUAAAAAUACGACGAUGAAAAAAGGCUUGCUACUUUAUCAGUUAACAAAUUUAAAUAAUUGAAUGCUAGAGAUGAGCAUGAUAUUAAGUAUUAACAUGAAGCAAGUAAUUAGAAGAAGAAUAUUAAUUAUGUCGAUAAAGAAGAAUACGAGCCUUGCAUUCCAAAAUUGAAUUUAACAUUCCAGGAGAAAUCUUCAGUAAACUUUGAUUCGCUUAAUCGGUCGGUGGAAUUGAAGAUUAAUACCUUAACAAGGUAGUUAACUCCUAUUCAUGAAGAAGAGGGAGCGGAAAUCAGAAGGCAGAUUGAAAUUAAAAAAUAAAAUGGUGAUGAUGAAUUGAAUGAAGAGGAGCCUGCUUUACCUGAAACAACAUACGAAUAUCAAAAAUUCAAAACUGAAGCUUAGGCGUUUAUGCAGGGAGCAAAGAGUGCAUAGAAACUUAACAGAAUUUCUGAAAAAGUUAAAAGCUCAAAAAUUUAUAGGAGAUUUCUGGAUUUUAAAAGAAGGACUGUUAUAGAGACACAACCGAACUUACAGAGAUUUAAAUAGUUAUGA